GAAUUGUUCGCAUCAUUCUCAAAGGCCUCUCUCCUUGCCCACACCGUCCACGAAACUCCCUUUCACACAAAAUGGUAAGCUAGAAACGAUUCAGACCACGCCCUCUCUCUCUCUCUCUGUCUCUCUAUCGAUGCACACACCGAGUUGCUGUAGCAAGUCACUCUGGAACGUUGCGUUCGAAGAAUGCCGCCGACCAUGGAUGUAUGUGUGUGUGUACGCGCGCAUUCUUUUGAACUCUUGAUUGAGACCUCAGCGAUGCCGGCGCACACACACGACAACCAUUGUUUUGGUGAAGACAACUGGCUGGAGAUUCUGGCGAACUGAGAUGGCAAUCAACUUUGUGUGUGUAGCAACACAUUUUGUCGCCUCUCUCUUCGCCAGGUCCUCCUUAGAGUCAAAAAAAGAUUUGGAUCAUUAGUAGAAAGAAAACAACAUGAACAAUUUGUGCUGAUGAUCUCUCUUUUUUUCUCAAUGAUAGCCACCCAAAGGAAAGAAGCCCGCGCCCGCGCCCUUCCCUCAAGGGAAGGCCGGUUCCACGAAGAAGGCUGCCAAGAACCCUCUCCUCGAGAAGCGACCACGAAACUUCGGCAUUGGCCAGGACAUCCAGCCCAAGCGCAACCUGUCGCGCAUGGUGAAGUGGCCAGAAUAUGUCCGUCUUCAACGCCAAAAGAAGAUCCUCAACAUGCGUCUCAAGGUCCCCCCUGCCAUCUCCCAGUUCUCAAACACCCUCGACCGAAACACGGCCGCCCAGACGUUCAAGCUCUUGAACAAGUACCGACCUGAGAGCAAGGCUCAAAAGAAGGAGCGUCUUCACCAGGAAGCCACCGCCGUCCAAGAGGGCAAGAAGAAGGAGGAUGUUUCCAAGAAACCAUAUGCCGUCAAGUUCGGUCUCAACCACGUCGUCGGCCUGAUCGAGUCCAAGAAGGCCUCUCUCGUCCUGAUCGCCCACGACGUCGACCCCAUCGAACUCGUCGUCUUCCUGCCCGCCCUGUGCCGCAAGAUGGGUGUCCCCUACGCCAUCGUCAAGGGCAAGGCCCGCCUCGGCACGGUCGUCCACAAGAAGACCGCCGCCGUCCUGGCUCUGACCGAGGUCAAGGGUGACGACAAGGCCGAGCUGAGCAAGCUCGUCGGCGCCGUCAACGAAGGGUACGCCAAGAAGUACGAGGAGCACCGACGACACUGGGGCGGCGGUAUCAUGGGUGCCAAGGCCGUGGCCAAGCAGGAGAAGAAGAGAAAGGCCAUCGAGAGUGCCAUCAAGAUCUAAGUUUGAUCAAUUUUGACUGAGAGAAAAAAUGGCAUACCCCGAUGGCAGUGUGGGGAAAAAGAGCGUGUGUUUUGUGAUCUUUAGCAGAGAUGGUGCCUGUGUCCCUCCAUACACAACUUCCCGGGAAUGAUGCAGAGGCUCUGCCUGCUGUGCUUGGUGGGUGGACGGAGCGAUACAAUACCAAUAGGGCACGCAUGUUGAGUGAGAAGUGGUCUCCAACAAGCAAGGUUCGGUUAUUUUAUGAUGUUUUCAGGGUCAUCAUCAUUUGCCCCGUUCACCAGAUCGAAGAUGGGGCAAAACAAAAGGCGUGAGGACAUGCCGGCAGAUGCCUUCCUGGGAGGGUGGUCCGCUACAUGUUACGACUCUCGACACACAAACAAAAUCCCUGGACGGUUGAGUGGUCUGGGCGUUCUUUUCCCGAGGUUCAUACUCUCGGGUGACUUGGGAUAAAAGAUUUCGUUAGCCACACUAUCAAGUCAAAAAUGAAAUGAAUGAUACCAAAGUUUUCUCUAGUCAA